GAUAAAUAUCAAGUAAUCUUUGGCCAUAUCAAUAAUAAACUCAUGAUAUAUAUUAUUCAAAAUCCGAAUCAGCUUCAGAUUAGUUUUGUUCAAGCUUUAGAAUGCUACUGGAAAUAUUGUUCGUGCCUCUCAUUGUGCUUCUCGCCUAUUUCAUUUUAAAAGAGUGCCGGCGGCCGCCAAAUUUUCCUCCAGGCCCACAAUGGCUUCUGCCCAUCUUUGGAAAUUUGCAUCUUUUCUACUAUCUGAAAUGGAAACUGGGCUACCUGUACUUGGCGCUGGAAAAUUUGUCAGAAAAAUUUGGCCCCGUCUACGGGCUGAAAUUAGGCCAGGACGUGACCGUGGUCGUCACCGAUUAUGAAAUAAUGAAAAGCGUCUUACAAAGAGAGGAUUUCCAGGGACGGCCCAAUUCAUACGUUUUCACAAUGAGGACUUAUGGAGAAAAACUAGGUAUUGCUUUUGCCGACGGACCAGUUUACACGGCUCUGCGCAAUUUUACUGUGAAAUGCUUAAGAGAUGUGGGCGGCGGAAUGGGACAAAUGAAUUGGCAUAUUAAGGAGACUGCUUUGGAAUUAGUCGACAGGUUGAAAAAAAGCUGCGGGGAUAAAAAUGAGGUGCCCAAAGAUAUCAAUCUGAAUGAGCUAUUCAAACUGACAAUUUUAAACAGCCAGUGGUUGUUGUUCACUGGAAAGCGUUUCGAUUUUGAUGACAAAGAAUUCAAACACCUUCUUGAUUUGAUUACAACGUUUUUGAACAACUUUGAUGGAAAAGGAGGAAUUUUGAGCAGACUGCCGUGGAUCAGACACGUUGCUCCGAACAUGUCCGGCUAUAAUGGACUCAAAAACGCUAUAAAGCCUUUGCAAAAAUAUCUGCAGAAAGUUAUUCAUAGGCACAUGAUAAACCUUUACACGGACGCAGAGCACAACAACUUCGUUGAUUUGUUUUUCGAAGAAAUGUACAAGCAGACCUCUGCGAGCGAUGUUUUCAAUGAGAAACAAUUGUUAUCAACAGUGCUGGACCUUCUGACGGUUGGCAUGAUCAAAAAUAGUGACGCCAUGGUCGACAUGAUUCAUUUUGCUGCACAGAACCCAGAAUUGCAGAAAAAACUUCAAGCUGAAAUUGAUCAUUUCAUUGGCAGAAAUUCACCACCCACUAUGGAACACUAUAAUGAAAUGAUAUGGAUGCGGGCGUUUAAUUUGGAAACUCUGCGCUACGGAACAAUUAUACCUAUUGCAAUGGCUCGACGGGCGACGAAGGACACAACUCUGCUGCAAUAUCAAAUUCCAAAAGAUACACUUAUUCUGCCUGUUCUGCAUCAAGCACUGAUGGACAAGGGAUACUGGAAAGACCCUCAAAUAUUUAGGCCAGAGAGAUUCUUAAAUGCCGAAAAAACAGAAUUCAUUCAUGACGAAAGGGUGAACAUUGCUUUUGGACUGGGACAUAGACGCAGUCCUGGGGACUUCAUUGCUUUCUGCUCCAUGUUCCUGUUCAUGACAAAUAUAUUGCAGAAUUUCAACAUUGAGCCUGACCCAAAUGCCCAGGACAAACUGAAGUGGGUUGAGGGUAUUUCGUUAAGCCCUCCACCUUUUACAGGCACUUUAAAACUGAGAUGUUAAGUGGGACUGCACCAGAAAAACGAGAAAAUGUAAAAUUUUUAUGAUGUCAAAAUAUUACCAUGUACUAAAAAUACAAUAAUAUUGAUAAUAAAUAAUAAUUAAAUCUAAAUUCAAUAAUCUCCAAGUUUAUUUCCAUAAAUUUU